GUAUAAACAAGCCGGGUUUGUAUAAACAAGGUAAAAAUGGAUUAGAUGAAUCAACAAAUAUUGGGCCCAGUCGGAAGAAAGCCCAAUUGAACUGUUCCCACGGGUCGCACCGUUCCGUGUUUCCUUUUCUUGCCCUAACCGUCUCGUUGACGAACGCAGAAACAAAAUUGUCUGUAAGAACCGAGUCGAAGAAUUACUCCGCUUGAAAGUUGGAAGCAGAGAGCAGAAACGCGAAUCCAAGGUACCUCGCCUUCCCUUCCCUUUCAUUUCUUCUUCUCCCUUCUUGCUUUUUCAGAUGGUAGCUUUACACAACCGAUUAUGCCCUGAAUCCCAGUUUCUGAAGUCACUCCGUGUUCUCUAUCUGUCGGCGCUUCUUUGUUCUGCUAUUUUACUAUGUAGUUCUUCUUUGUGCGUUCUGGUGAUGAAAAGUUGGGUUUUUUAUCCUGCAGCUCUCGGUUAUAUACGGAAGCUUUCAGGGUUCUGAAUUACCGGCUGCUGUUUGCUAUUCGUCAUGGCGACCAGGCUUCAAUUCGAGAACAACUGUGAAGUUGGUGUUUUCUCCAAGCUGACAAAUGCAUACUGUUUGGUUGCGAUUGGAGGAUCUGAAAGCUUCUACAGUAUCUUUGAGACAGAGUUGGCAGAUGUCAUUCCUGUGGUUAAGACCUCGAUUGGAGGCACUAGAAUAAUCGGGAGGCUAUGUGCUGGGAACAAAAAUGGACUUCUUCUGCCACACAACACCACUGAUCAGGAACUUCAGCACUUGAGGAACAGUCUACCUGAUUCAGUUGUUGUCCAGAGGAUAGAGGAGAGAUUGUCAGCUCUUGGAAAUGUCAUUGCUUGUAAUGACCAUGUUGCUCUUGCACAUACUGAUCUUGACAGGGAAACUGAAGAACUGAUAGCUGAUGUUCUCGGAGUAGAAGUAUUCCGACAGACUAUCGCUGGUAACAUUCUUGUGGGAAGCUACUGUGCUCUCUCAAACAGAGGCGGCUUGGUGCACCCCCACACUUCCAUUGAAGACCUGGACGAACUUUCCACCCUUCUCCAGAUCCCCUUGGUUGCCGGUACAGUUAACCGUGGCAGUGAAGUCAUAGCUGCGGGAAUGACGGUUAAUGACUGGACAGCUUUCUGUGGGUCAGACACAACAGCAACUGAACUGUCUGUCAUCGAGAGCGUCUUCAAGCUAAGGGAAGCCCAACCUAGUGCCAUUGUGGAUGAGAUGAGGAAGUCUUUGAUUGAUAGUUAUGUUUGAGAGCUGUUGUAGUGUCAAGUGUGGCACAUCUUUAUCUUCCUGCAUUCUCAUAUGUUUUCCCUUGUAUCUCAAUUGUAGUUUUGAAACUUGGUCCAGUUUGAAUGUUUUCUGCAUUGUUCCUGUUAUCUGCUUACCCAUGCAGAGUGGUAUCAGACGUUUCGUGGCCUCCUUGUCAACUGUCGAAGAGGCUAUAAAAAUUCUGUUGUAUACAUAUGGUACUGUUAUCCCUCCAUGAAAAUCAUAUUCCCAGCUCUCAAAUUCCAUUACAUUGCUUUAUGGAAGACAACUGAAAGUCUCUGCCUGGCCAAUAUAACCCUGCAAUCCUGAGGUCUGACACUCUCGAGAACCCCUGAAACUUUUCUUUGUUGCUUGAUCAGUUCUCUUUAUGGGCUCAAACAAUCUAAAGGCAGGUUUUUUCCCCAUUCCCUGUGCAGGCUAUGGUGGCUUCCUUGCUUUGUUUCGAUGAGAUGAUUGAUGAUGAUAACUUUGUCGAUUGGCAGUGAUCCAGAAGGAAAGAAAAAGGAAAAAAGAAGCCAAGCCAAGCAGAGCAUCACUAAGUCCACUCGGCGGGCACCGCUUUGGAAAAUAAGUAACCAUCAUCGAUCAGUCCGCUCUUGAAACUCUGCAACAACAGCCAGCAGUUAACCUGACCCAGAAGAAAUGCUUGGCUGUAUU